UAAUGCUCUUCUCAAUCUCACCUUAACCUCCAUUUCAAAUUCAUCAUAGAAAACAAACCACUUUUCAAGUUAUCAAUAUGGUUGAUCACCCAAUCCUUUUUAGAUUCAAAAAUGAUAUCCAUAUAAGAAUUAUGCCUUCUUAUGGUAUGAUUGCUCCUAACGAAAGGAAAUUAAUAUCUGUUACCAAUAAAACUAGUCAAUUUGAUAUUGAUGUUUUACUUGAAGCUAUUAAUUAUGUUGAAGAAUAUCUUGAUAUGCUUGAAUACUCCAACCCUCAAUUAUGGAUUGAAAAAUAACCUGGAAUAUUACCCACUCAAAUGAUGUCUAUCAGAAUGAACAUCAAUACAGAUUCUUCUAGUACUUAGUAAUCAGAUUAAAAAUAAAAUUUUGAAGAAGUUAUUAAAUAGGAACCUUUGCAUAUACAUAGAUAGUAACAUACUUUUAGUCGAUUUUAAGAGCAAAUAGUCCAUAAAAAUAGUCUUGACGGCUAAGAAAGUAGAGCAUCAUAUAUCUCAAACAAUAAUCCAAGCAUUAGUCCUAUUCUAUAGGAUGCAAGCAGAUUAAGUGCUAAUAUGAGUAGAGAAGCGAAAUAACCAACUUUUUUUACAGAAGCUUACGAGAUUCCUCAAGAACCUAAUGAAGAAUUCUAAGAUAGAAUGGAUCCUGAAUAAAGCUAUAAUAAUGAACCUUAUGCAUCUGGUAAUUUUAUAUGCAAUGAUGACGAAAAUUCUAAUCAUGAGGUAUCAGGAAUAAAAUCCUAAACUUCUAUCGCAAAAUUUGAAUAGACUUAACUAAUUACUUCGCUUAAGUAGAAAGAAUAAUAGAUACUUAAAUAAAUAGACUAAAUCAAAAUAAGCAAAGACUAGUUGAGUGAGGAGUUAGAAAAAUUAAAAUUUAAAGCAAUGUUUAAGAAUAAAGAAAAUAAUAAAUGUACUAAUAAAAUAAUAAUUUAUAGAGGAUUAAUAAAUAUUAAUAGGACAUUUAUUAAUCGUUAGUGUGAUAUGUUUAAUAUUAGGAGCAUUGCUAAAAAAGAUUUAAUAACUUUUUUGA